AUGUCACAGGCUGAGGCGACCCGCGCCGAGUCCAUCGAAGAGCAAGAGCGCGACCGGGCUGCCGAGAAAAAGCCCAAGUCCCGGAGACCCGCCAAUACGGCCUUCCGUCAACAGCGAUUGAAAGCCUGGCAACCGAUCUUGACCCCUAAGAGUGUCUUGCCGUUAUUCUUCAUCGUCGGCAUCCUCUUUGCUCCCAUCGGCGGUGUCCUCCUUUGGGCAAGCGCCCAAGUUCAAGAGAUUGUUAUCGAUUACACCCAUUGCCAAACCGAGGCGCCUACGGGAAGCUUUGGAGAUUUGUCAAAAUACGUGUCCACAACCUGGAAGGCGAAGUCGGGCACGCCGCCUUCCUGGCAGAAGACAUGGAACUCUACUGGUCAGAACUGGAUUUGUACCCUGCAAUUUAACAUCCCCGAGUCGAUGGGCCCCCCGGUAUACUUGUAUUACCGACUCACCAAUUUCUACCAAAAUCAUCGCCGAUAUGUCCAGUCACUUGAUCUAGACCAGUUGAAGGGCAAGCCGCUUAGCAACUCGACAAUCGCGGACAGUUCGUGCACUCCUCUCGCGACCAGCGACUCUGGCAAGGCUAUCUACCCAUGUGGCCUCAUCGCAAAUUCAAUGUUCAAUGACACCAUUGGUCAGCCCAUUCUCACGGGAGAUAGCUCCGAGACCUACAACAUGACUACUAAGGGGAUCGCCUGGCAAAGUGACAAGGAUUUGAUCAAGACAACCAAGUACAAGCCUGGAGAGGUCGACCCUCCGCCGAACUGGGUGGGAUACAAUUAUACCGAAAGUAUUCCUGAUCUCCACGAGAAUGAGGAGUUUAUGGUUUGGAUGAGAACCGCCGGGCUGCCGGCGUUCAGCAAGCUUUCCCGUAGGAACGACGACGACGCGAUGAAGCCCGGGCGCUACGAGUUGAGCAUCAACUACAGAUUCAACGUGACUGAGUAUGAUGGAACAAAGUCGAUCCUCCUAUCGACCAGGACGGCUCUUGGUGGCAAGAACCCCUUUAUGGGAAUAGCCUAUGUGGUUGUCGGCGGAGUCUGUGUUCUCCUCGGCGCCCUGUUCACAAUCGCCCAUUUGGUUCGACCCAGAAAACUGGGCGAUCACACCUAUUUGACCUGGGAUUCGACCAACCAGCCAAGUACCGCCACAACGACGGGCCGGGACGAUCACAUGCGCCCUGGGGCGUAA